UCCCGCGUUUUUUGACAGUUGGAAUAGGCAAAAUCGAAAUAGCAACACAGCAUCAGGAGCGCGCAGACAAAGGGGAAACAGACACGCAAAGUGACUGCUCGGUAUUGUCUAAUUCACAUAUACAUACACACUAGAAAGCUAAGCGAUUACGAAAAAAAAAUUCCACCAAUUCGCGCCCUAACAGCUUCGGCAUUUGCACGGAAUCGAAAGUAAGAGCACUAAAAUGACUUCGGACAUAACACGCCAACUAAUUGUUAUCUUGGAGAAGACGGUCUCACCAGACAAAAAUGAAUUGCUUUCGGCGAAGAACUUCCUGGAGCAGGCUGCCGCCAGCAAUCUGACUGAAUUUUUAAAGGCGCUAUCCAAAAUUCUAGUUGAUACAACAAAUAGCGCUGUAGCGCGCAUGGCAGCUGGUCUUCAAUUGAAAAAUCACUUAACCAGCAAGGAUGAGAAGAUCAGUCUUCAGUAUCAGGAGCGCUGGCACCAGUUUCCUGACGAAGCCCGCGAACUUAUAAAAAAUAAUAUACUUGCUGCUUUGGGCACCGAAAACACUCGACCAUCAUGUGCUGCCCAAUGCGUUGCCUAUGUAGCUGUCAUUGAGUUACCCAUCAAUCGAUGGGGCAUUUUAAUACAGACGCUUGUCAACAAGGUUGUCCAUGAGGGCUCCAGCGAAAUGCACCGCGAAGCUGCGCUAGAGGCAAUAGGUUAUAUUUGCCAGGAUAUCCGAUACGGCGUUCUUGAAAAUCAAUCCAAUCAAGUACUUACGGCCAUCAUACAUGGAAUGCGCAAGCAGGAGCCCAGUAAUCAUGUAAGAUUGGCUGCCACGACAGCGCUUUACAACUCAUUAGAGUUCACAAAGGCAAACUUUGAGAAGGACAUGGAGCGAAAUUUUAUCAUGGAAGUAGUGUGUGAGGCAACACAAUGCACAGACACACAGAUAUGUGUUGCUGCCUUGCAAUGUUUAGUUAAGAUCAUGUCGCUGUACUACCAAUUCAUGGAGCCGUACAUGGCCCAAGCACUGUUCCCAAUUACUUUGGAGGCCAUGAAGUCCGAAAAUGAUGCAAUCGCUCUUCAGGGAAUAGAGUUUUGGUCAAAUGUAAGCGAUGAGGAAAUUGAUCUUGCCAUUGAGAGCCAAGAGGCCACCGACCAGGGCCGUGCGCCGCAACGAGUCUCCAAACAUUAUGCACGUGGUGCUCUUCAGUUUUUAACUCCGGUUCUAGUUGAGAAACUUACUAACCAAGACGAAUGCGACGAUGAAGAUAACUGGAGUCCGGCUAAAGCUGCCUCAGUAUGCUUGAUGCUUUUGGCCACAUGCUGCGAGGACGAAAUUGUGCCGCAUGUUUUGCCUUUUAUUAAGGAAAAUAUUGAAUCGCCGAAUUGGCGCUACCGAGAUGCUGCAGUGAUGACUUUUGGUGCAGUACUCAAUGGCUUAGAACCCAACACGCUUAAACCACUUGUUGAGCAAGCGAUGCCCACCCUGAUACGCCUUAUGUACGAUUCCAGUGUAAUCGUUCGCGACACAACAGCUUGGACCUUUGGACGGAUAUGCGAUGUUAUUCCAGAAGCUGCUAUAAACAAAACUUAUCUACAAACAUUGCUCGAGUGCUUCGUCAAGAGUCUUAAGUCGGAACCCCGUGUGGCUGCCAAUGUUUGCUGGGCGUUUAUAGGCCUUUCGGAUGCUGCUUACGAAGCUGCCGUCACAACCGAAGGAGACACGCCAGAGACGUAUGCGCUCUCACCAUACUUUGAGUUUAUUAUCACCCAAUUGUUGGAAGCCACUGAUCGUUCAGAUGGCGCACAGGCCAAUUUGCGCAGUGCUGCCUAUGAGGCUUUAAUGAAUAUGAUAAAGAAUUCGCCUCUGGAUUGUUAUUUGGUUGUCCAGCAUACGACGAUUGUCAUAUUAGAGCGUCUUAACCAAGUUAUGCAGAUGGAGAGUCACAUCAGCAACCACAGCGAUCGGCACCAGUUUAAUGACCUACAAUCCCUACUCUGUGCCACUCUGCAGAGCGUGCUACGCAAGGUGCGCGAGGAGGAUGCUCCACAAAUUUCAGACGCCAUUAUGACAGCAAUUCUGACAAUGUUCAGCUCAAGUGCCGGAAAGUCGGGUGGUGUUCAGGAGGACGCUUUCCUGGCCCUCUCUACGCUGGUCGAACUACUUGGCUUUCAAUUUGUCAAAUACAUGCCAGCCUUUAAAGAUUUCCUUAUCAUGGGACUUAAGAAUCAUCAAGAAUAUCAAGUAUGCUGUGCAUCCAUUGGACUUACUAGUGAUAUUUGUCGCGCAUUAAAGCACCUAAUGGUACCCUACUGCGAUGAAAUAAUUUCCGUAUUGAUGAGCGAUCUCUCCGAGCCCAAUCUUCAUCGCAGUGUGAAACCACAAAUUCUAUCUGCCUUUGGCGAUAUGGCCCUAAGCAUUGGGAGCGAUUUUCUCAAAUAUCUAAAUGUAGUUAUGGACAUGUUGCGGGCAGCGUCCGAUUUACAGGUGGAUUCCAGCAACUACCACAUGACAGAGUACAUAAAUGAAUUGCGGGAAAGUGUUCUAGAGGCAUACACCGGUAUAAUUCAAGGUCUUAAAGGAGUCGAGCAAACGGCCAAUCCAGAUGUGUUCCACAUGGAGCCUCAUCUGAUGCAUAUAAUUUCCUUUAUCAAGCGCAUUGCCCAAGACGGUGAAGUCUCGGACUUAAUGGUGGCAAGUGUCGCUGGAUUCAUUGGGGAUUUAUGUACAUCUUUUGGUCCACGUCUCUAUCCGUUGUUGGAUGAUGUUGUUAUUACACAUUUCCUGGCUGAAGGCAAGCGUUCCAAGGGUCAGCGUACCAAAAUGCUCUGUACAUGGGCGGCCAAGGAGAUUAAGAAAAUUAACAGUCAAGUUAUAGCUCAGUAAAAUGGGCUUUUACGUGUUAAUCUAUUUCCACCCCAAUAUGUGUACGCAGCCAAACUGUUACAGUGUGAAUCUGAGGUAUGUGGAUGUCUGAACUGAAACUAUAUGGUUUGUGAUUGAAGUGUUAUGAGCGAGAACCACUCCUUAUAAAUACAAGCACUUUAAAUGCGCGCGAGUGUGGCGUGUUGUGUGAUAUUACUAAAUGUAAGUUUUUUCAAGAGAUCAUUAAGCAAAUUUCCAAUAAAUAAGACGAAUGACUAGCUAUAAGC